UCCAAAACGAGUCUCCCAAGUUCCUCCACUUUCAGUUCGACCAAAAUAUGGGCAGGGAUUUACUAAAACCUUUUUUCAUGGAAAAGGCGAACAUAAAUUGAUGAGUAUUUAGCUUGAAAUGGAACCCACUUUUGUGGAGGAAAUAGACUUCCAAGAACUACAAUUCUACGAGGUUGUUGGGAAAGGAGCAUUUGGAGUUGUCAGCAGAGCAAAAUGGAGAUCAAAAGAUGUUGCUGUAAAACUAAUAGAAACAGAAUCUGAGAGGAAAGCUUUUAUGACAGAGUUAAAGCAGCUGUCAAGAGUCAAUCAUCCUAACAUUGUCAAACUGUAUGGUGCUUGUACUAAACCACCAACAGUAUGUCUUGUUAUGGAGUAUGCUGAGGGUGGAUCACUGUAUAAUGUGCUACAUGGUGCUGGUCCACAACCAAUUUAUAACACUGCCCAUGCUAUGAGUUGGCUGCUUCAGUGCUCCAAAGGUGUGGAGUAUUUACAUGGCAUGAAGCCGAAAGCAUUGAUUCAUAGAGAUCUGAAACCUCCAAAUUUAUUACUAAUAAUGGGAGGAACAGUUUUGAAGAUCUGUGAUUUUGGUACAGCUUGUGAUAUACAAACACACAUGACAAAUAACAAAGGAAGUGCUGCAUGGAUGGCACCAGAAGUCUUUGAAGGAAACAUGUACAGUGAAAAAUGUGAUGUGUUCAGUUUUGGUAUUAUUUUAUGGGAAGUGAUUACCCGGCGGAAACCUUUUGAUGAAAUAGGAGGACCCGCAUUCAGAAUAAUGUGGGCAGUUCAUAAUGGUACAAGGCCCCCAUUGAUAAGUAAUUUACCCAAACCUCUAGAACUACUAAUGGUCAGAUGUUGGUCAGGAAACCCAGCAGAAAGACCUUCAAUGAUUGAAGUGGCAAGGAUCAUGACACAUCUUUAUCAGUUUUUCCGAGGAGCUGAGGAACCUUUAGUUUACCCGAACAAUCCACAAUCAUGUGAAUCACCUGACUUCACCUUCAAUUCAGUGCCUGUGACAACAUCUUACUCAAACACACCUCCCAGUUCUAACACUUCAACAACGAGUCAACAUACAGGAGAAUCACGCUCAGGAACCCUUAUAGGAUCAGACACAAUCAAGAAGUCAGACGAGUUCAGUAUACCACCUCCUCUUCCACCCAGGGCAAACCCUCCAGUUAACCCACCAGUGUUAGAGGAUGAACAAACGAGAGGACAACAGAGUGCCCCACCAUCCCUUGCUGGCAGUCGUGAUAGUCUAAAUGAUGCCACAAGGUCUGGUACCCCAGAUCAUUUAAAACGUUACUCAGCAGACAGUACUCUGAUGAAAUGUGAUAUAAGGGAGAUAACCAACAGCAGUAGUGGCAGCAGUGGGAACUCUUACAAAGCCAUACCAACUCAUCUAAGAUAUACCUCAUACACUACUGCUGCACUCUUGUCACCAAAGUUUAUAUCCGAUCAAUCACAAUUCCAAUUUCCAGGGCGUGGUCACCGACGGGUUGGUUCAGACGAAGGAUACCAAAUUAAGAGCACUUCCCCAGUUUUUAUUAACACUGCCCACAUUCCGGUCAGUUCUGGACAAACAUUUCAUCAAGUCAGUACUUUCCCAGGGUCUAUAACAGGAAACAGGGCAAAUGCCCUCCCACAGAGAUCUGUAUCUCAUCAGCCUCAGACGUCAGAGAGGGUACCAGCCACAGGGUCACGUCAUGCCUCAUGGACGUCAGACUCUGGGGGAGGGAUACAGAUAGAGCUGAUCCCUCCUAGGAAUACGCAGCCAUCAGAUAUUCAGCAAGGUACUGGACUGUCAAAUGCUGAAGCUUUUGCUAUGAAUUUGGUUUACCAUUCCUUAGACCAACAGUUACAGCCAAUAACACCUUAUCCCCCUAGUCAGGAAUCAAUGGAGAUAUACCAACAGCAUUGUGAGCUUGCUCAAGAAUACCUUAAAGUACAGACAGAGCUUGCUUUACUUAUUCAGCGAAAAAAUGAUUUAUUGAAAGAAUUUGAGAUAGAUGAACAGAAUCAUCAAAGUAGUACCAGAUUAUAUGAUGAAUACAAUCAGUUAAUUGAGGAGAAUGAGAGUCUUAAACUGUUACGACAAAAUCUGAGUAAACAGGUACAACAGAUUAGACAGAUACAACAAAGAAGAAGAUGACAUUAGGAGUCCAUUGAAGAUGGAAACUGAUUUACAGUGGAACUUGCUUUACUUCAAAGAGGGAAGCAUUUAUUGUUGAGUUCUGAGUUAUCAACUUCUAAAGGAACCUUUGAGAAUCCUGUAUUUUCAAAACAUUGCCAACUGUGUUGGUGUUAUAUAUGUUGCAUUACAAACUUGUUAUGAGUUGGAGAAUAAUAAUCUUUGAAAGAUUACAAAGCUAGUACAUUUCUCAUCACUUAGAAAUUAAUUUCAUUUAGAACAUAAACAAAACCAGCUUCAAAAUGCAUAUCACGUGUAUUUCUGGCUGUUAUGACAUUAUCCUGGAAUUAAAAACUCAUUUUGAUUAUGAAUAAAUAAUUUAUUGACAAGCUUUCAAAAAGCUAUUAUCAGAUUGUAUUAUGUUGAACAUGAUUUAUGUACAUUUUGAUUGCAUGGAAAUACAUAUACAAAAUUAUGUUGCUUUUUUUUUUGUCUGAUAAUAAAUAAUGAUGUAAUGCAUUUUUUUAAAUUCUUGUUUCGUAACAUUGGUCUAAAAUUAGCACUUGGGUGUUAUGAAUUAAACAUUUUCAUGCAUGUUUUAUACAAGAAAAUAUUCUUACUGCCACUCUCUCAUUUUAUGACAAUUUCAAAAUGAUGGUCAGUAUUUUUUAUUUAAAAAAACAUUUUUAUGCAUGCAAGUGAAAUGAAUUUUAAUGUUACUUAAUUGAUCUAAUCGUUAUUCCUCAAGUGAGUAGCCAUUAAAUUACAUUUUUAUUCUCUAAGUCCGAACACCUUUCAAAUAGAAAAUAGUAUGGCCACACUUAAAUGAAUUUUGCUCUUGCGAUAGGCUGACAAAAAUUAUGAAACACAAAUUUAAUCCAAAAAAGAAUGUCCUGUUGCCCCUGUAAUUAAGAUAAACUUAGAUUCUUUUUAUAGCUGAAUAGUAAAAGUUCUUUUAAAGAUACAAAUGCUAUAUCAUAUUUUGUUUGUUACUUCAAUGAAAUAAUUUAGAAAUUUGGAUUAAAUUCAUUAAAUUUUAUACAUGCUAGAUCCUAUUUUACACUUUUUGAAAUUAAAAAGAACAGAAAUGUGAUUGGUUUGGCUUUUCUGUAGAUUAAGAAGCAUACUCUGUAAUGCAGAUAUGAAAUAUAAAUCUUUUUUAAAAGAUUGAUUUUUCCCAAAAAAUUAAUCAUUACGAAUAUUAUGUCCAGAUUUCUGUAAUUUGGGAGUCACGAUGUUGUAAAGUAUAAAUCUGUGACUGUUAUUAGCAAUUUUGGAUGUACAACUUUAACUGCAUAAGAAUAUUUAUUAAAAAAUAGGUGAAAAGAACUGAUUGUAUAAAAUCAUUAUUUGAAAAGGUUGAAAGGAACAAAAAUUCACUGUUUUAGAAUCUUGAAGACUUUUUAUAGGUAAUUUCAUUGGUUGAAUUUUCAUUGUUAGAUCACAACACUUUUGUGUACACUUUUAUGUACACUUUUGUGUACACUUUUGAAAAUGCAUGCUAUUUGAGUGUUUCUGAUGGAGAUAAAUCCAGAAAGUGCUGCAGACCAGAAGCAAGAAAUUUUCAAAGGGUUAUUUUUGGUUCAGUAAAAAUAAGAAAUGAAAAUUUAUAGACCUCUUUAUUUUUCUGCACUUUUAUUUGUAACAAUCUAUCUGUCUCUUUUCAUUGUGCCCCUUUCAUAACCAUUGUAAAAUGUAAAAUGACAGUAGAUUGAAAAAAGGAUGAUUUAAUUCAGUUGGCCUAGAAUUGUAAGAUAAGAUCAAAAACAAAUUAUGAAUAUUAAUUACCAGGAUUUUGUAAUUAGCUUAUUGAGCAUAGUUUGUAAGUUUGAUAGUACUUAGUUAAAGUGUGAUGUGCGUAACUGUUUUUAAAUUGAAUUAAAUGUUUUUUUUAUGACGAAAACACAUAUUUCAUGUUAAAUAUCAGCCCUUUUAAGCUGCUAUUGUUGAAAGAAUCAUUUGUUUAAAUGUUAUAUGAAUAUUUUAUAGAUAUAUGCUUUUAGAGGAGACAUUUGUUAAAAUGUGCAAUAAUUUACCAAGUAUAGAAGAUCUAUAAUGUGUGAAAGAAAUGCAAAAUGAACAGCAGUUGUUGAAUUAAUUAUUAAAUUGUAAAUAAUAGAUAA